AUUUGAAGUCUAAUAAUACUUAUUAGUUUAAUCGUGAAGAAUGGCUAAUCCUAAAUAUGCCGAUUUACCUGGCAUUGCAUAUGAUCAAGCUGAUGUUUAUGAAACCACUGAUUUACCAGAAUCAGAACAAUUUGAUAUUUAUCCUGAGGAUGAAAGUAAAUCUGUAGAAAAAUUACAUAUUAGUGCCACAGAAGCAUUUAAUAAGUUUAAAGGUAAACAAGUCAUUAGCGAGGGAGUUGAUUUUUCAGAUCGAUUAUCACUCAAACCAAGGACAGGCUACAAAUUUGGAGAUUGGGAACUACCUGCAGAAGGGGAAAAAGAAACUCCUAUUCAAAAAUAUCAACGCUUGCAAUGUGAAAUUAAAGAGUUAUAUGAAGAAGUGAAUGAAUUAAAGGAAAAAGCAAAAGAAGAAGAAGUGAAAUCUGUUGCCGAUGUAAUUUCUCAGGUGCAACUUCUAGAAAAACAACUUGAUUCUUUAAAAUUAGAAGAAUGCCUUGGAGCUGAUCUUGUUGCAACUUUAUCAGACCCACAAGGCACAAGACUGCAGCAACUGGUAUCACAAAUAGAAGCAUUUAAGCAGACAACUAUUCUUACCUCUGAAUCUGAUACAAAUACACAGAGUACAAACAUUGAUGGAACAUCUGAUGCAGGAAUACUCAAGUAUCAAAUGAUGUACCUUCCAGAAAAAGCAAGAAUGCAAGAAGCAGCAAGAAUUGCAACACUUGAACAAAGACUUUCUAAUUUAGAAAAUAUUAUUGGAACAACCAGUGAUAAACUUUCCAAAUUUUCUCAGAAUCUCAAGUGUCAGGGAGUAAUUGUAGCUGUUCAAGAAUUGGGAGCAAAAGCUGCAUUAUUAGAUAGGUACCAACUGGAUAUGAUUGAAAGCCGAUUAGCAACUUUAAUUAACAAAAUGAAUAAUAUUGCACAAAAAAAGGCUGCACUAACUUUAGAUUCAGAACAAGAGCAGAAAAUUUCAGAAAUGUAUGACAUCGUGAAACAAACUGAAACUAUGUCAGAAAUUUUACCACAAACUGUUAAUCGAAUGUUGGCAUUAAAUACUAUACAUCAGCAAGCUGCUACAUUCAAUAAAUCUCUAACGCGUUUAGAAGAAUUACAGUCACAAAUAACUACCGAUUUGGAAAGCAACAAAUCUCUCUUGAAAGGAGUACAAGAAAGUUUUGCAUCAAAUUUAGAAAUUAUAAGAAAUAACAUAGAAUCAUUAAACGAACGUAUUCAAAAACUUAACAAGUGA